AUGUCCUCUCCGGUACCUAUCUUACAAUCAGCUCUCUUGCUCAAUGCUCCGAAACAAAAAUACAAAAUCACUCGAGAACAUCCUGUUCCGAAGCCAGGAGAAGGAGAAGUCCUCAUCCAGACCCAAGUUGUUGGCUUGAAUCCCCUCGACUGGAAAGCACCAGACUUCAACUUUGCUCUGCCAGUCCUACCUUAUAUCGCCGGGAGGGAGCUAGUCGGCCAAGUCGUACAAACAUCCGACGAGGCAUCGGAGUACUUCAGUGUCGGAGAUCGGGUGGUCGUCAUCUCUACCGACUAUAGAGAUCUUCGGAAGGCAAGCUUCCAGCAAUACGUAAUUGCCUCAGACUUCAACACACUCAGAUUACCAGAGAACGUUGAUCCGCGGCAGGGCGCAUGUGUGGGAGUAGGAUUCGUUGCCGCCGCCCUUGCGCUCGGAGUUUCCCUGGGCCUUGACUUCAGCAAUGUCCACGAUGGGCCGGAUCUUUUAAGGCUCGUGCGUAGUCUAGACGCUCAGCGGUUUGCUCCAGACAUACUACACGAGUGUCUCUAUGGCGUAGAAGUUUCCGAGAGAGCAGUUGCAGGCGAUUGGAUCGUCAUCUGGGGUGGAUCUUCUGUCACUGCCAACCUCGCUGCCCAACUCGCGCGACUUGCUGGGCUACGCGUCGUCCUCGUGUUCAACCAAGCCAAGCACGGUUUGAGAAUCGCAACAGACGCAGUCCUGCAGCCCGACCUGCUGGUCGAUAGUCAUGAUCCCGCCCGAGCGAUUGAGGUCAUCCAAGGCACGCUCGGGCGCAGAGUCCGGUUUGCGUUGGAUACACAUGGGCACGAUUCUACCACUGCCCUUAUCGCCGCCCUGGAUCCAGCGCGCAACGCAACCUCUGAAAUCAAAGUCCAUCCUUUCGUUCGCGACACAGCGCCGAAAGAUAAGGAAUUGCUGUCUUGGAAUCCGGCAACUCCGCCUCGAACGCCUCCGAGUCGGCCGGUGACGGUGCAAUCACACGUGAUUGGAUUGGCUGGAGUCCCCAAAACAGGACUUCCAUCCGGUGUCUCCUUACAUUCCGUGCCGAUCAAGCUGUUCCACGAGGUCCCUGAAGUCGGGCGACCCCUAACUACGUGGCUCCAUAAGCUGCUUAGCAAUGAAUCAAUUAAAUGCCCGGAUAUUCUGUCCGUUGACCACGGCCUCGAGGGUGUAAAUGUUGGACUGGAUCGCAUGAGGAGCGGCGUGGUUAGCGGUGGUCGAGCUGUAGUCGAGUUCGCCGCGUGA